AUGCCGCCUGAUACGCAUAAGCUUUUAGAAUGGAUCGCCCAAUUUUCCCCUCCCCUCGUCGUUAACCCAUUCACCUCACUCUGUACCUCUGUCUCCCCUUCUUCCCCUCGCCCCCCCUUCUUCCCCUCGCCCCCCCUUCUUCCCCUCGCCCCCCCUUCUUCCCCUCGCCCCCCCUUCUUCCCCUACCCCCACCCCUUCCCCUCCAUCUCCCCCCGCCCUCUCCCUCCCCUCCAUCUCCCCCCGCCCUCUCCCUCCCCCCCAUCUCCCCCCGCCCUCUGCCUUCCCCUGCGCCCUUCCUUCCCCUGGUUCCCCUUCCCCUCCGUCCAGGAUUGGGAGUCGGCCUAUGGGCUAGCCAACGGCUCUCUAUCCCCGCCCGCCGCGCUCGCCUUCCCCCCGGGCGUGCCCCCCGCGCCCCACCUGGAGGACUGCGCCGCGCGCACGGCUGCGCGCGCGCGCGCGGAGGCGAGGGGGCCGAACGGGGAGGCGCCCGCGUGGGCGCGCGCGGGGGAGUGCUGCCAGUGCAGCGCGGCCAUUCCCCCCGCCAACUGCACCCCGCAAACGCCUUGGAUCCGCGGGUCAGACGCAGCAAACCUCGGGCAGACGCGCACAGCGCAGAGGGACCUAUGGGCGAACCAGUUCCCCGCGCCCCCGGACUGCACGGGGCGGCGCCUGGCGCUGACGUUCUGGGCGACGCUGCACCACGGGCUGGGGUCGCAGCUGCACAUCAUGUCGUCGUUCCUCAGCCUCGCUGUGCGCUUCAACCGCACUCUCGUCAUCAAGCCCGACACGUUCAAUCGGGCCACACAGGCCUGUAGAGACCUGGGCCUGGGCAACAACUUGGAGUGCUAUUUCUUCCCCCUAGGCGCCCCCGCGUGCUUGGAAGUGGCACUGGCAGCGGAGGCGAGGGGCGAGGUGGUGAACAGCGACGGCGUGGCCAUGGAGGAGAGGGAGCGCAUCCUGGGGUCGGAUGCGCUGGUGGUGCAGCUGGCCAACACGGGGCUGUUCGGUGAAGUGAGCGCCACUGACCUGUGGGGUGCGCCAUCCCUGGACCGGCCACUGACAAUACAGCAGCUGGGGAGGAUACAGGGCCAGUACUUCGCAUGGGGCCAGGCGCGCUGGUGGCGAGCGCAGGCGCUGCGCUUCAUGCUGCGCUGGCCCUCCCCCCACCUCUGCCACGCCACCAACCGCAUGCGCCACUCCGCCUACGGGCUCCUGGUAGCAGAUCGAGUUGCAUCCGUUGUCCUGAAGCAGGCGGAGCUGCUACAAUCAAUCAACGCCUCUGCUGCUACCGGCGGUGCCAGUAGCGGUGCUAGCAGCACUGUUCCUCCCGCCUCCUCCCAGCCUCCCCUUGUACCUUCUCCAUCUGCCGAUCCAGCAGAUGAUCUUCGAUUCCUCUCCUCCUCUCCCAUCACCCCUCCUCCCUCCACCUCCUCCCCCUCCUCCCCCCCUCUCGUCUCCCCUCCUCCCACUGCCGCUCCUCCCUCCACUCCCUCCACUCCCUCCCCACCAUCCCUCGCGUCACACAUCUGGCCGCUGCAAGGCCUAUCCGGUUGCAGCAGCUGCAGCAGCACCAACCCGCCAACACAACCCACGCCACCACCACAAUCACCACAACAAUCCACCUGCACAUGGGCGGAGAGUGCUCGGGUAUACCAACAAGUGGGCGCACCGCCGUUCAUGCUGCGGCCAGUGAUCAGCAUGCACGUGCGGCAGGGCGACAAGGGAAUAGAGAUGACGCUGCACUCCCUCGCCACCUUUGUCUUCUUCGCCUACCGCAUGCGCCGCCACCGCCCUGACCUGCAGUAUAUCUGGCUCAGCAGCGAGAUGGAGUCUGUGAUGGCAGCAGCAGAGACCUUCCCCGACUGGACCUUUCUCUACGCCAGCAGCAGCAGAGCAACGGACGUGGAGCAGAUGAAGCAGCAGCAGUUCUCAGGCCAGCAGCCCAUAGCCGAGAUCUUCGCCAACCUGCUAAUCACGUCUGAGAGCGAUUAUUUCAUCGGCUCGCUGGGUUCCAAUUGGAAUAGGGUGAUUGAUGAGCUCAGGUCCACUGGUGGGAAGCUGUUUGGCGGGCUGGUGACUCUGACGCAUGGGGUUUAG